AUGACGGACUUGUCGGGAGACGACGACGACGUUCGUGUACCUGUGGCAGCAAUUAGUGAAAGCGAUAUGGGCAGGCGCACGAUGUCACGUCGGUUGCGCCUCCCCGACAACGUGCCAGGGGUGGCAACGUCGCCCCGCCGUCGAUUCAAGCUUCCUGGUAUCACGUUCCGACGACGCCGUGAUGGCGAGAAGGACAAGGACGAAGUGUUUUGGAACGCUGUCAUGGUUCUGAGUGUCCUCUCGCUUGGCGUCUUGACCGCGAUUGCAUUCGUGUUGGCGCAGACUGAGUUUUUCAUCACGCAUCAAGUCGACUUGCUCGGCGUGUCGAUCGACAAGAUCUUUUCCGUCGUGUCCGAGGAGAAGACCACCAUCUUCUUGCACAACACAGGCCACUUGCCUGGAAAAGCGAUUUUGAACUACGAGGACCAUGUCCUCACGCUUGGCCGGGUCAAAGCAGCCGCCGAGGAAGAGCUUCCGUACUACGGCCUGAGCAUCCAUCACAACGGCACGGUUGGACUUACCAACGAACUGCGAGCGCCCAACAUCGAAGCUACGACGGUGCACGCAGAUAGCGUGAUCUUUCUUGAUGGAACGACGAUGACGACCGCCGCCGACAUCAGCGGCGGCCUUCUCCAAGAGGGGGACCUGAAUUUUGCGUCGCAGAAAGGGUCGAUUGUGGCAGCCACGAGCGGAAAACAGCGCUUUCUCGUCAACGCGGACGGCCUCGUGAUCGUGCCAAACCCUGAUGCAACUCCUCCCGACGACCCCAACAAAGUCGGCAUUGUGCUGGAUGGGCAGCGCAAUCGGAUGCGUUUUGGAGACCACCUCGACAUCUUUGCGGACAAGACGACUGCGGGAAUGACGUCGACGGCCGCCGCAUUUGCUCUUGCUGCGAACGACAUAGCUGUGGGUCGCGACGGCACCGAACGCGUUCGACUGACCUGUCCUGCCGUCGACAAGGUAUCGUUCGGAAAGCCCAUGCGGCUGGAAGUUGUCGGACAAUUCGCCAAAUCCGGACCCGGUGGGGACGUCGUCGUGGCUGGCGGGGACGGCGCUGGGUCCGGUGGAGACCUUUGGCUCAUGGGGGGACAAACUGCAGCGCCACGGACCGACUCGGCGACCCACCUUGGUUCUGUUUUCAUCAACUCUCCUGCCACGGACAGCGGCGUCGUGAUUGCCGCGACGUCCAUUGGGUCCAACGUGUCCACGAAUGUGGUGUCGUUGCAAGGGACAAUUCAGCUGAACGCGCAGAGCAUGGACCUUCCCGUGGAAGUGGGGGGGAACGUGUCGGUCCGCGGAUCAGCGCUCACCGUGACGAGUUCCUCGAUUGCCCUUGGCGUUCCGUCGACCGAGACGAUCCAAGUCGAGGCAAAACGUGUGGAUGUGACGGCGCCACGUGUGGCGAUCCAAGGCGGCGUCGUUCAAGUCACGCGCGCCAGUGAUUUCGUCGUCAACGUGACGGCGGGAGUGUCCAUGGUGAGUCCCGUAGCGAAUGUGACGACCAAGACAGUGUCAGUUCAUGCAGACGACGCCAUGUGGACGACUCGGUCGACGCUCUGGCACUCGAACGAGACCUUUCAGGUCACGGGGCAGUCCAUCCGCCUUGGCGCGCACAGCACGACGAUCACCUCCACGGACGAUGCCAAUGGCACCACGUCCCUCGGGGGAACUACUGUCCACGUUGGAGAUACCCAGCUGACGAGAGAAGUCCAUAUACACACGGCUCAAGCGCUUGCCACCCACGUGAAUGGAACGACGUUGACCAUGGCCCAAACAAGCGACAAUGCCAUCUCGAUCACGUCAGCGUCGGGCUUGGUCGUUGGCGAUGCCGAGAGCGCGACACAGAUCCGUGGCAAGUCUGUCCACGUGGCCGCCACCGACCUCCACAUUGGCAGCCCGUCGUCCACGGUGAACAUGGAAGGCACUGUCACGUUGAACGGAAAGCCAUGGCCGGCGGCGAGUGGCACGCCAGCCACACGUCGAUUGAACGAAGUUGAAUGGAUGUUGCAAGCACAUGGACACACUCGAACCAAGCAAGUUCGCCUCAUGGAGGCGUUUUUGCUUGGGUUUGAUACGAUCGAGACCGUAUCGCCGCACGACGCGCCUGUUGAGGUGGAGCCGCUGCGACAUGCCGACGAAGUGAUCACGCUGGGCAACCUGCCCACGUCUGGUCGCUUGGAGUUCGACUUGACCGUGCAUGGAUUUCGAGCAGAGAUGGCCGCCAUCACGAACGCCGACUCGAUGCUCAUUCGGUGCCAAGUGGUGCGGCAUGCCGACACCACGAAUCAUGACGUUGUGGUCGAAGCAUCGGUCGAUGUCGACGUGUGUCCGUUCGAGUGGCGAUGCCUCGACGACACGGACGCUAUCGCACCGACAUUGCAUGGCCGCUCCAUUGUUGCGCUCACCCAACGUGAUUCUAACGUGCCAGCUACGUAUUCUGCAGUGUGCGCUUCAAGGUUGCGCCGACGGCGCCACCAAGACUCGACUGCUGCCGUGCACGUGUCGUUUGAUCGCGUGGCGCUCAACGUACGACGAGUUGUCUAGCGUCGUAGGUGUUAAUUAUCCGAGUUGUUUUCUUGCUCGACGGCGUCGGUGAGGACUGCGACGAC